UGGUCGCCCGCCCGCCGCCGACACUCCAUCACGCUCCGCCACCGCGCACACCGUACGCGUCUUGUUGGAACUUUAAAAAUCGUGAUUUUAACUACCCGCAUAAGUUAAAGAGUGAUGAUGAAUCGAGUACUAAUCGUUUUAGUAGCUAUGUGCAUGUUCACAGUCGCCAUGGUUCCCAAGAACAGGCGAGCCCUCAAUUCUGAAGAAGAAAAAACCAGACGUUCUUCUACAGAAAACCCCACACAAAUCUGUGCCCCGCGAACUCCCUGCGGCUGGUCAGUAUACAAGCCCGUUUCAAAGAUGAUCGAAUUAAACAUCACGAACACAUAUUGCCACUGUGGAUCCAAAGCAGAAUGUAAAGUAAGUGAAGAUGACACAGGCGCGAGCGCAUUAAUUCUGCGAUGCAAGCUUCGCGCUGACUUAAUCGAAACUCCCGAAAGCUAGCGAGCGCUGUGCUUUGGGAUAUCGUCCUACGCCAGAUGACGUCGCUUGUUCGAACCCGAAAUUUAUAACAAACAGAAGAAAGACGAAACCUGGUUGAAUCAUUUUCAAUGGUUAAAAUAAUGUAUUUACAAAAAAUGUACCACAACCGAAGGAAAGAUUCCACUGAUCACAGAUUAAUUUAAGUGACAAAAAUUAUAAGAAACUAUUUAAUGACACUGUGAUUUAAGUUUCCAAAAUAUUUCAUCUUGUAUACCGUAAUUGAUGUAAAAACUUGUCCAAAUUUAAUCAUUAUUUCUUGUAAUUCGCCUUGCACUUAUGUUUAUAAUAUUAUUGGCACUGUAUAUUAUGUUAAGAUAACGUUUUAUAUCGUGAUGAACACGUUACGAUUAAAAGUACUUAUUAGAUUACGUAUUAUCGUUUGUUAAUGUUUUAUUGAAUACUUCAUGUUCAUAUUUAAACGAGAUGAAUAAGCACGUCAUAUUAAAGUUCCUAUUUUGAUUAUGUAUUUUUAUUGUCUGUAAAGUAUUUUACUUAGGUAAAAAGUAAGUAGCUAGUAUCGUUACUUCUGUGACAUAAUAAACGCGUAUUAAAAAUUAGUAAACCAACCGUCGAAUUAAUGAUCGUUGGUGUUAGUAUUUGAUUUAUUAUAAUAAAGAAAUACUUUUUAAAAGUU